AUGAAUCCUAAACAAGUUGUUGAUAAAAAGCUCAAAAAAGGAGAAACUGGGGCAGCUGAAAGCAACUCAGGUAUAAUUAUCCAGAAGUGGAAGGACAAAAGAGAUGUGCUUACCUUAUCCACAAAACACACCGAUGAGUUACUAAUCAUCAGAUCUGGCAAUAAUAUAGAAUUGCAAAAACCUGCUGCUGUGGUUGACUACAACAAACAUAAAGCCUAUAUUGACUUGUCGGAUCAAAUGAAGUCUUAUGCCACCUCAUUACGCAGAGGGGUGAAGUGGUACCGCAAGCUGGCCAUUGAGCUUCUUAUUGGUAGUGCAUUAGUAAAUGCACAUGUUUUGCACCAAGAAGUAGCCAACGAAAAAAUGUCCAUCACAAAAUUCAAGCAGGAAAUCGUAAACAGACUCUUAGGCUUUGACGUUGAUCAGCAUACGCAUAGUAUUUUUGAAGAUCAUCAACAUUCUUUGGAAGAUGUUGGUACCAACAACCGACGUCGAUGCGCUUUUUGUUAUGAAAAACUUCAAAGAGAAUCUGGGCGAGCACAUGCUCAAAGAAAAACUCCGCGAACAAAACUAAAGUGCACGUCAUGUGAAAAAUAUUUUUGCAUUGAGUGUUUUUUCCAGGUACAUAAGCGCACAAAAUAA